UCUUUUAUAUAUAUAUAAUGAAACAUCCACCAAUAGAUCCAAUAACGCAACAAAUUCCUCAGGCCAACACAAUGAACGUUAUCGAGCACUGCCGGAUAUCGCCACCACCCGGUACAGUGGCCGAUCAGCUUCUCCCCCUCACAUUUUUCGAUAUUCCGUUUAUACCCCUGCCUCACAUACAAAAGCUUCUCUUCUACGAGUUCCACCAUCACUCUAAGACCCAUUUCACGGACACCCUCAUUCCUCAUCUCAAACACUCACUCUCCCUCACUCUCAAACACUUUUUCCCUCUUGCUGCCAAUCUCAUACUUCCCUCGUCAAAUUCUAGCAACCCCCAAAUCCGGUACGCGGAGGGUGACUCGGUCUCACUCGUCUUUUCCGAGUCUAGUGACGAUUUCAAUUACCUCACAGGAAAUCAAGAACGAAAUGCCGAUCAAUUUCACCUUCUCAUCCCUCAGAUUACUAACUGGUCCGAUUCGGUGACAACAGUAGAAGUAGUCCCGCUCGCAGCUAUUCAGGUCACGCUUUUUCCAGAGUCCGGCAUUUGUUUCGGGUUCGCCUACCACCAUGUUCUGGCCGACGGUAAGGCCUUCCACGGUUUCAUGAAGUCAUGGGCUUCCAUUUCUAAAUUUGGGUGGAGUGAUGCGGAAUUGUUAGGUAGAGGGUACCUCCCAUUUUGUGACAGGACCGUGAUAAAGGACACAAUUGGGCUAGAUACAAUAUAUUGGCGCCAAGUGUGUGAAGAUUGGGGUAAAAAUUAUGAAAUAUGUCAAACUCAAACCACCAAUUAUGUUCGCGCCACAUUUAUCAUAUCAAGAAUGGAUGUUCAACGGCUCAAGGAAUUGGUUAUGGCACGUCAACAUUCGAUCGUACAAUUACAUGUAUCGACGUUCACAGUAACGUGUGCGUACAUGUGGAUUUGCAUUUUAAAAUCACGGGCAAGCACUAGAGUUGACAGCAAGAAUGAUGACGACGACGACGAUGAAUUGGAGUACUUUGGUUUUACAGCAGAUUGUCGAGGACGUUUGGAUCCACCCAUGCCCGCAACUUACUUUGGUAACUGCUUAGCAUUUUGUUUUGCAAGAGCGACACAUGGCCAACUAAUGGAAGAAAAACAAGGAUUUUUCGUAGCAGCAGAGUCGAUCGGAGCGGCCAUUGCCGAGAGGCUUCACGAGCCGGAGGGAGUGUUGAAAGGUGCGGAGACUUGGCUCUCCGAAUUGAAGAGUUUGAAAAUGGAUCGAUUACGGUCGAUAGCAGGGUCGCCCAAGAUCAGCCUUUAUGAGCCGGAUUUUGGGUGGGGAAGGCCCCGAAAGACCGAAAUUAUUUCCAUAGAUUUUACCGGGGCUUUCUCCAUCAGUGAGUGCAGGGAUUCUCAGGGAGAUGUGGAGUUUGGUGUGUCCCUCCCAAAGAUCACAAUGGAUGCGUUUGCUUCAAUCUUCGUCAAUGACCUUAAGAAGCUUAUGUAAGAAUAUGUAUAUAUCUUUUACAUAUAUGAUUCUCUAUCUGGUUUGAUUUUGGUUUAUUUUGUUGUAUUUUCGUGAGUGGACAAAUUCUCUAUGUGGUUUGAUUUUGUUUGAUUCUUAUUUAUGUAAAAUUAUUUAUUUAA